GUGCUGUAAAUAGCAGCGUGUUCCCCGAGUAUAAAACCGCAGGCCGCGUCGGCUGGUGUCUAGAUUAUACUCUUAUCCUCGUCCUGUAGCGCAUGUCAGCUGUAUUUUAUUCAAUUUCCUCCAUCGUUGUUCUUUCCUUAACAACUGGACUGAAUUUACUGUGCUUUCUGUACACGUUUAACACCAGCGAAUGUUCUAGAAAAUAACAGUUAUGAGGGAAACAUUGGCGUUUGAGCUGCUGACAUCCAUCAUGAACGACGACUGGCGAGCUGAUUCUCCCAUUCCCUCCACCUCCAACGACACCGUUGAAUCCAUCGUCAGCUUCGGCCAUGAGGAGCUGAGACUUGACACCAGCGAAGUGACCAUCGACCCCAGCUAUGAAGAGACGUUACAGAGCUUAUACAGUGAAGACGACUCCCAGUCUGACCCUUUGUGGAACCCGAACUCAACAUCCGACGCCAGCUCAACAUUUGGGGGAGAUAACUCUCUGGACUUCCUGUCACAGGACAGUUUCCUGGAUGCGUCUGUUACUGAUGUUGUCAAGGGGUCGUUGAAGUCUCGUAUUCAUGCCAAACGACUUGCAUCAGGUCAAGAGGAGAUCAUUGUAGACUUGGAAAGACCAACCUCUCCAAAAGAACCGCUGACAGAAGAGGCACUACAGCUGCACCUGGAGCGGAAGGAGAAAAAUAGGGUGGCUGCGCAGAAGUGUCGGAACAAGAAACGGGAGCGCGCAGAUCAUCUGGAAAAUGACAUUAACCGCCUGGAGAACAAACAGGACCACCUGAAGGAAGAGAUUCAGCGUCUGCAGGACGAGAGAGAACAUUUGGAAGAAGUCAUCAACAUCCACAGUGUCGUCUGCCCAAAGAUCAGGAAGAUCUCCGACUCCUAAGACUCUGAAGGUCAAGGUCAUGAACAUUUUCAGGCAGUGUCUGAUCUAACCUUGUCCCCAACAAGGCGACAUGAACUAUAGCUCAACUGGCAGCACAUCUGUGACGCUAGAAACUAUAUGACGACUCGUAUCUAUGAUAGUUUGUAGUUACCAGGUAACAAGGAAGACAGAAGAUUGCGUAUUCCAUAGAAGGAACAUUUGGUGGCGAGGUGUCUCUUCUGUGGCUACAGGGGCAUAGUCUGCCUUGUAAUGGUUGUCACUGGAGACACUAACAGAACUAACAUGGUGUUUAGUACAAUAGACGGGUACUCGCCUUGUAUUGAUGGUUAUAUAUACACCCCUGUGUAUUUGACAAGCCAGUAAACAGUACUUAACAGGGUUUAGACGAUACGCCAAGUACCCAGUACUCUGAGGGGCAUUAUAGACUGAGGCAUGCGUUUAUGUAAUCUAUGUGUCUAGUUUUAGGGUUAAAUGCAUGGGGACAUAUUGGAUUGAAGAUAUGGAUUCUGGAUUAAUGGCAUAGUCAAUUCUGGAUAAAAGACAGUUCAUAGGAAUACUGGAUUACAGACAAGAUAUAAUUAAAGUUAAAGUGUAGAGGAAUAUAGAAGUGGUUUUAUAUUCGUUAAAGGUUUAGGAGUUCUGGAUGAGAGUCAUCAGGUAGAAUUACUUCACAAGAUGCAAAAGACAAAAGUCAUUCAGUUGUGUUGCGCCAGUUGCAAUAGUCUGAGAAACAGGUUCAAAAAGAAAUAUGAAGGAAGCCAUUUAAGACCUUCAAGCCUUGUGUAGCCCAUGUCUUAAUUAGGAGUUAUUAAUAUUUUAUAUCUUUGUUGAUUGAGCGCUCAACUAUUACUUCAGUGAAGGUCUUCAUGAACGAAGUAGUGCCUUACUCUGGAAGAGGCAGACCGACAGUUGACCUAUGCAAGAUUGUGGUGCCAUGUUUUUGGUAUUUGUUUUUGUAUUUUGUGAAACUAGUGUCAGCUGUAACCAAGAAUUUAAUAGCAUAUACCCGUACUCGAUCUGUGUAAGACUUGCCAACUGUUUUAUCAUCAUCAUUCAUCUUAUUUCCAUUUGAGAAAGAAAUCGUAGUUUUUUUACCCUUUGAAACAUUCGUCGGAAUCUCUGGGUAAUACUCCCUACAAGUGCCGGCCCUGCUGUCCGGAGAUGGGGACGAGGGUGGUAUGUCGUCAUUACCCGACCCCCGACCCUCGAACCACCCGACAGGUUGAGAACGUGAACGAGAUUGAGCGAAUCAGUGUGUUUGAAGAAUCGCGUGGUACGUGACAAGAAUGACUCCAUGGCUGUUACGACGGUGUCAGAACUUGAAAGAUUUAAGAACGAAGAAGAGUAGGCUCAAAUAGACUAUGAAAGAUGUGAGAUCGACGGUUGUAUUUUUUCUAUUUAUGAAUGUAUGUUAAGAUGGCUUCUCUGUCUGAGCGUGGUGUCACGUAGGUUGAAUAUGAACGGUGUUAUCAUUGUGUUGAUGUUGUUAUAUGUUUGUUUUAAAAAUAUAAAAUUGUUUCUAUUA